AUGAGGAAGGUGACUCCUGUGGCUCGAGACGCUGCUGCUGACCCCCAAGAACAGAAGAAACCCAGAAGUGGUUCAGAUCUGAAGGGGGCCGACGUUCACAACGCCGAUUAUUCGCUCAACAAAAAGGGUCAAUCUCAGUGUCCUUCAUCCAGGGAGGUACCGUCUCCGGACAAACCUCGCAAAUUCAUCAAUCUUUUGCCUCCUCACGAAGUUCCUUCUCGAUGGACCGCAAGCGAGACGUGCAUAUGGCUGGUAUUCUUGUGCAGUUGUUUAGUUGGAUAUCUGUGGUUUUCUGACGGAAAAACAUCUGCGCUUCUGACGCUCUCUGCAGCCUUUUACACGCUAUCGGUCGUGUUUCUAGUCUUCAAUGCCCGUGUCUGUUCUAUAGCGGCUCAGGCUUUCUGUGGAACGCACGCGGCUUCACAUGCGACAGAAACCCAAUCCGCAACCUCUGCUUCCGAGUCUCGCCGAUUCUUUUCGAUUUUGCCUCUCUUGUGUGGAGGCUAUACGCGUCCCGCGAGUGCUGGCAUCUUCGCCAUUGCACUCCUCGCCCGUGUCGCCUGCAACCUGCGCCGUCCUGCCUAUUUGCCCAACGAUCGGACAGGUGACUGGCUGUACCAGACUCUGGAAAUCUUCUCUGCCCUUUUGUUGCUGCUUCUCGUCGGUGUCGUCUCUGCUAAUUCUCGCUUCUGUAGAGAUUUCUCAAAGCGUACAAACAGCUCGAUUUCCCGCUCAGAAGAGAAGGACGAAACUGAAGAAAAACGCGGGGAAACAAGCGUCAUUUCGGGGUGCCGCUGUGUUCUGGUGACAGCUCUAAUAUGCGGACUCGUUCUAAAGCACGACAUGAAUGAGAGCUUCUUCGAAGAUUUCGCGUGGUCCUUUGCUCUGUACGCCGAGACUUUGGCGUUCAUUCCCUUUGUACGUCACCAGCCUUUCGUGUUCUCUCAGCAGAAGGCAGGUGCUUGCGCAAAAAAGGAACAGGCGUCCCCCCUGACAGCCGAGGGACAACAACUCGUUGCAUAUCGAUAUCGCAGGAACCCCGUUUUAGCUCGAAGGCUAUGGAGGCAGUUCCUCUUUUCACUUGUCGUUUCCCGUGCGAUUCAAAUGGUUUUCUGGGCGGUAACCUUUGAGGAAUUCUCUCCAGAGGUUGACACAGACUCGAUCUCUGAAUUGCCGACAGAGCAAGGUGGCGAUCUGCCCGAUGAGUAUAUUCAGCACGACAAACGCGGAAUGGCUGACUUCUCUCUCGCAAAUCUAAAUAUUCGUGGUUGGUGCAGUCUCGCUGCAACGGUAGCGCAGCUGUGUUGUUCUCUCUAUCUCAUGAAAGUUUACUGCUCCACCCAGAGUCACUUGGAACAGGAGUAUUUCGUCCACCAAAAGAAUGCCUCAGAGGGAGAAGACGAGACGGACUAUACACGCUGCGCAUUGGAAGAAAAAACUGCUUCGCGCCAAACAGAAGCCGUGGAGGAGAAAGCCAAGGUUCGUGGGGUCCUUCGCAAACGGUUUGUGCCGGCGCCGCAGUGA